AAUGUUAAAAACAAAGAAGAGCCUUGAAAUUUGUAUUUAGACAGAUGUGCAGUGACUUUGUACACCUACUCAGAAACACUUGGAUUAAAAUGUUUAGCAAAGGCAGCUUCAUUGCCUUUUGUUUGCUGAAGCACCUUGGGCUCCUGCUGCCAGGUGGGAGAUGAUUCAGUUUCCUUGCUCUCACAUUCAACCUGGCUUUGCCUUUUAGGCAUUGUUUUUGCCUGUGCACUGUAUGAAAGGAAUUUGUCACCCCUGUGUCUGUAAUUUCACAGACAGGUAGUUUAGUAACCAGAAGCCCAAAGGCAUGAGGCAGCACUGCUGUUUUAUUAUUAUUUUUUGCACAUUACCAAAAGUAAAACAAAGAGUGUAUUAAAGUGAUGUGUAUCAAUGCAUUAAUGUUUCCCCUGCUUCAAUAAGAUUUGUUGACUUGACCAAAUGAGAGAGCACUGCCUUUACCUUGGCGUUGUCCUGGUGCCAGUGACCUCGGUUUUACAGGCCAGUAAGAGUGGCCGCUGACUAAUUAAUCCUCUUUGCACUCUUCACUCCUGCAGCUCUGCUUUGUGGCAGUUCUUGACAUCAUUUCAAAAUAGUCCAGAUGGUGACCUGCAGUCCUGAAAGAACGACUCCACGAGUCUCGCCAGGCCUGUAUGUCGCUGUCCGCAUCAGUGUUGGAUACAGCAUCACAGCGAGGGCUGCUUCAAGUUUCAUUUUUCCCUUUAUAGCGUGUCUUAAAUAUCAAAGCCGAUGAAAUCAACAAAAAUGGAUUAUGAUGAGCUGGAUGCACGUAUACAAUGGCAGAAACUAGGUAUUGUCAGUGGAUGCACUUUACGGGAAAUGUUACAGGCUCCUACCUGCUCCUGAUCCGAUACCAACAGCUGAGGUCAGCUGAGGUCGCCACCAUGGUGACCUUCGCUAACACAACGCAGGUCUCCCCCAUGGGGCUGCGUGAGCUGCCCUGUGUAACCCCCACCAUGUCCCCUGGCCUGCGGCGGAAAAAGAUGCUGUGGCAGAAUGCAGUAAAACACAUCAUUAUCCAGCAGGAGCUCAGUGCCCAGUUGGGUGUUGAACCAGCACGCAAAAUCUUUGUGACAGAUACCUACAUAGAGGAGAUCAACAGGCAAAUCCGCAGCAAAGCCUCACGUGGGGUAACAAAACGCCGUUCUUCCACGUUCAGAGUCCAGCCCUUGGUUCGCGAUUCCACCAGCACACACAGCAGCACCGGGGGUGCUUUUAACGACUACUCCAGCGACGCCGACUUCUUCGUCCACUGGGGUCGAACUGUCUGUGGUGUCUACAUACCCACGCUGUUGCACACCUUCAAGUCCCACGACCUGGAGAAACUCUACCAGCAGCACUCUUCCACCCAAAGACGUAAUUCUCUGGCCAUCACCAAUGUGAUAGACGUGGUGGCCAAGCUGCACAUGUUGGUUCUGUACCUGGCAUUGGCGCCGGAAGCUUCCACAGACACUUUGCGUGGCUGCCUGACGGGCAUGUUCAUGGCGUUAGCAACAGUUCUGUGCGUCAUAGUGUUAACCCACAAAGACUCCGUGUCCCCACAGUGGCUUCACUACGCCGGCCUCGCCAGCUGGUUGUCACAGACCACACAGGUGCUGGGGGGUCUGGUGUACGGACUAGAAAAAGACCCAUCGUGGUACCUUUUGUUCACUUUGUUCGCAACAUACACACUGCUGCCAUUACCUCUGCUGUGGGCCAUAUGUGCGGGCACCCUCUCCUCAAUGCUGCACAUUCUGGUGGAGAUAGUAUGCUGCUACAGUGAUGCUUUGCUUCUGAGAAAGGUGUUUGCCAAAGGCCUGCUGUACCUGGGGAUGAACACAGCUGGCUUGUUCAUCCACUACCUGACAGACCACGCCCAGCGCCAGGUUUUUCUGGAGACCCGACGUUGCAUUGAAGGACGCCUCAAAUUAGAGCAAGAGAAUCAAAGACAGGACCGCCUAGUUUUGUCGAUCCUGCCUCGCUUUGUUGCCUUGGAGAUGAUUGCUGACAUGAGUGCUAUGGAAGAUGAUCUAAACCCUCAAGAGUUUCACAAGAUCUAUAUCCACCAGUACAAAGAUGUCAGCAUCCUUUUUGCAGACAUUAAGGGCUUCACUUUGUUGUCUAUGAACCUGUCGGCCCAGGAUCUGGUUCGAACCCUCAAUGAGCUCUUUGGACGUUUUGACCGACUGGCAGAGGAACACCACUGCUUGCGGAUAAAGAUACUAGGAGACUGUUACUACUGUGUGUCAGGGGUUCCCAAGCCCCAGCGUGCCCAUGCCCGUUAUUGUGUUGAGAUGGGUCUGGCUAUGAUCAAUACUAUACGGUAUGUACGGAAGCAGCUGAACUUCGACAUGGACAUGAGGAUCGGCAUCCACUCGGGCUCUGUCCUCUGUGGGGUAUUGGGUCUGCAGAAAUGGCAGUUUGAUGUCUGGUCCUGGGACGUGGGCAUCGCCAACAUGCUGGAAGCGGGGGGCAUACCUGGACGCAUCCACAUCUCAAGGGCAACUCUCGAUUGUCUAGAAGGCACCUACAAGACAGAAGAGGGCCAUGGUCGUGAUAGGAACGCUUUCCUACGAAAAUAUAAUAUUGACACCUUCCUCAUCUGCCCUCAGCAGGACAGAGACAAAGUUAACCACAUCAAGCCCCCCAAAGUUCAAAAACCAAUUCAAACCUGGAGUCCGGACAUACCUUUUAGGACUGUCAUUGACAUGAACAGCAUUCUAGCUGCUUUUACAAAUGGCUCAAUGCCCACCCUUUGGCAGUCCAACUCGAGAGAGAUUAACAAACGCAUCAAGCAUGCCAUUGAGCUUCGAAGUAGUGAGCGUAUGCACAGAGAGCACAUCACACCACUGACCCUUGUCUUCAAGGACACAAACAUCGAGGACAAGUUCUCCCAGAUGAGAGAUGAAAUGUUCAACUCCAAUCUGGUCUGCUCCUUCAUCCUGCUUCUGUUUCUCAUGGCUGCCCAGGCCCUCAUCCCCACCCCCAGACUGUUCCCUGCUGUCCUCCAGUUUUCAGUCUUUCUGCUUGCCCACAUGCUGCUGCUACUGGUUGCCCUUGCCGAAGAGUUCAAGUGGACUCCUUCAUCACUGCAGCACUUCUGUUGCUGGAUUCAUGAAAACAACAGUGCCCGUAACCUGUUUACCCUCAUAGCGAUCUUCAUCAACUUUGGGUUGGCCUCUACUGACAUGGUGUGGUGCAUCCUCAUGAACACAGGAGAGGCUGACAUAACUGAGAAGACUGGCACAGUCUCACGUCCACUCACUGUCUGCACUUACCCUGAGAUUUUCGUGUUGAGCGGGGUGAUUGCCAUGGUGACGUGUGCGGUGUUUUUGCGUCUGAACUCUCUGCUGAAGCUGGCAACGCUGCUGCUAGCAGUGGCUGUCUACUCCUACCUCAGCCACCUUGCCUUUGUCUCACUCACGCGCCAUGAUAUGCUGCACAGGUCUCACUAUGUCAGAAGAAAUGGAAUUUCCUUCCUUCUCAUGGCCAUGUUUAUUGUUGCCGUCUUCUAUAAUGGACGUCAGUGGGAGGCUACUGCCAGACUGGACUUCCUGUGGCGUCUGCAGGCCCAGCAGGAGGUGGCAGACAUGAGGGAGUUGCGGGAACACAAUGAGUGUCUGCUAUACAACAUCCUACCAGUUCAUGUAGCUCAACAUUUCUUGGACCGGAGCAAGCAUGAUGAGGAUCUUUACUCCCAGUCCUAUGAUGAAGUGGGCGUCAUGUUUGCCUCCAUCGCUGGGUUCGAUGAGUACUUCGAGGAGAAAGAGAUCAAGCAUGAAGGAGUGGAAUGCCUCCGCCUACUCAAUGAGAUAAUUGCCGGCUUUGAUGAGCUGUUUGAGGAGCCGUAUUUUCACCAUGUGGAGAAGAUUAAGACAAUUGGGAGCUGCUACAUGGCGGCAUCGGGUUUAGCUCCAGAUAAACAGAAAUCAAUGGAUGAAUGGAACCACCUGAGCGAGCUGGUUUUGUUUGCGUUGGCGAUGCAGGAGACCUUGAAAGAGAUUAUUAGGAACUCUACUCAACGCUUUCAGCUGCGUGUGGGUAUUGCUCACGGGCCUGUGGUCGCUGGGGUGAUCGGUGCCACCAAACCGCAGUACGAUAUCUGGGGCUCCACAGUGAACUUAGCCAGCCGCAUGGACAGCACAGGUGUGAGCGGACGCAUCCAAGUACCCGAAGCCACCCGAAGGAUCCUGACAGAUUGGGGCUUCAUCCUGGAGCUGCGUGGAGAAAUAUUUGUCAAAGGGGUAAGUGAGCACCAGGGGAAAGUGCGCACCUAUUUCAUCAGGACCGUGCGCAGUAAGAUGGCCAACGAUGGGACAGAUGGCAGCCUGGCAGGGCAGACAGGAGGACGCAUGACGCUGGCAGAGGUGGUGUUCAGUCUCGUCCAGGCCAGACACAAGGAGAAGAUGAGAGAAGGCAACAGGAGGUUCAAUCGGACUCCCUCCAGACUGCAGCGCUGAGGAGACUGUCAGGGUCAAAUGGCUGCACGUAGGCCAGGACACACUGCAGCCAUAUUCCUUUAAUGCUUUGCCAUAACUGAAUUAGCUUCACAGACAAAAUACUGAGCUACCUGUGGCAGGAGCCCAAUCCUGUUUAAGCCUUUAUUCUAGUUUCUUCCAAGACUGCAUCAUACCCAUCUUUUUUGGCAUCUCAAGCAAAUUUUGGACAAGUUAAUAGGAAUUUAUAGGAAAUCAUCCAUGCUCAUAUUUCUUGACUUCUGGACCAAAACAUUCAUCUUGCAUGACACACCGAGUGGUAUGUGAUCUGAACUUUAGUUGGUUAGGAGUUAACUGUGCUAUUUAAUCAAAGUUCUGGCCUCUUACGUUUCAUAAGUAUGUUGUAAGCAGUGCAAAGUGCUUUUUCAUCACUAUUAUUGCCAUAUCUAUACACUAUAAGCACUGAUUUUAAGGUUGUUUUGUAAAAAAAAAAA